AGCCAUUUCUUAACUGCUGGUCUUGGGAAACACUCUUCAUUCCAAAACAACUGAAGAAGUAACAGAAACUUCUGCACACUGUCUGUCUUUGCCUUAUUGCUACUCUUUUCUCUCUUUUCAGUAGCAAUGAUCUCCUUUUCAUCUUUGUGGCGCUUUUUUCUUUUCAUUCUCCUGCUGGACCGAAGGGUUUUUGCCUUGGACAAAUACAUUGCAGCAGUAUAUGAACAUGCUGUCAUAUCGCCAAACCUCACAAUAAAGCCUGUUUCUCCUGAAGAGGCUUUAAAGCUGAUGAACAAAAAUAUAGACAUCUUGGAGGAGGCCAUAAAAAGGGCAGCAAAGCAGGGUGCACACAUCAUUGUGACUCCGGAAGACGGCAUUUUUGGUUUUGGCUUCACAAGAGAAACACUUUUCCCCUAUCUUGAGGAUAUUCCAGAUCCAGAAGCCAAUUGGAUUCCAUGUACUGACCCCAAAAGAUUUGGAUCUGCCCCAGUGCAAGAAAGGCUGAGCUGUCUAGCAAAAGACAACUCUAUUUAUGUGGUUGCCAAUAUUGGGGAUAAGAAACCAUGUAAUGUCACUGACAUCAAGUGUCCUAGAGAUGGUCAUUAUCAGUACAACACGAACGUUGUGUUCGAUUCUGAUGGAAAACUGGUGGCACGUUACCACAAGUUCAACCUCUUUAUGUUAGAAUUGAUGCAGUAUGAUUCCCCUAAAGAGCCUGAGCUUGCAACCUUCGAUACUGACUUUGGAAAAUUCGGUCUUUUCACGUGCUUUGAUAUGCUGUUUCAUGAGCCUGCCGUGGUCCUGGUGACCGAGCAAGAUGUGGACACCAUCCUUUUCCCUACAGCUUGGAUAAAUGUCCUUCCACAUUUCACUGCUAUUUCGUUCCAUUCAUCAUGGGCAAUGGGCAUGCGCGUCAAUGUUCUGGCAGCUAAUGCUUAUCAUUCUAGGAUGAACAUGACGGGUAGCGGUAUCUAUGCACCAGACAGACCCCGAGCGUAUCAUUCUGAUGGAGAAUCAAAGAAUGGGUAUCUUUUGGUUGCAGAACUCGAUUCACAUCCUUCUCAUUCUCCCACCUAUCUUACGGCUCUUAACUGGAGCUUGUACGCCACAACUAACGAGCCCUUCCCCAAGGAGAGCAAUUUCACUGGUUUUGUCUUCUUCGAUGAGUACACCUUCUCAGAGCUCCCGAAAGAAGCUGGCAAUCUCACAGUGUGCCAGAAAGGUCUCUGCUGCCAGUUAAGCUACAGGAUGACAGAAAAGCGAGAAGAUGAACUUUAUGUCCUUGGUGCAUUUGAUGGCCUUCAUAAGGUUGAAGGAGAAUAUUACUUACAGGUAUGCACCUUACUGAAGUGUGCAAGUACAGACCGCCAGACUUGUGGCCAGCCCGUGACCGCUGCUCAUACCCACUUCAAGGCCUAUUCCCUCAGUGGCACGUUUAACACCAACUACGUCUUCCCAGAAGUCCUGCUCAGUGGAGUUCAGCUGGCCCCAGGACAGUUUCAGAUUUUGAGUGAUGGGCGGUUGAUUAGCCAGAAUGAUACAUCGCAGCCACUCCUAUCAGUAACACUUUUCGGGAGGUGGUAUGAGAAGGAUCCUCCACAUCCAUACUCUGAGAUGUUCUGAGCGUGACAGCUGGCAGUUGCCACUACAACAGAACAUGAGUUGCUAUUCUUGUAAUUUUUGCUUGUCUAUUGAUAUCAUUGAGCUUUAACUAAUAAAUUCCAUAUUUCUUUAGAACA